AUGGGUAAUCAAGCUCAUAAAUCAGAAGGAGGUGUUCAUUCGCAUCAUUCCAAUACAACCUCUCAUUUGCCCCUAAACCAUGACUCUCAUCACUCUUCAACCAAAGCCACUCUCAUCAACUGCUUUGCUCUCGGCGAUGAAAUGAUCUACUACUUGUGGCGAUUCUAUGAUUGCGAUAAUAAUCAAGUUCUCGACAAGAACGAAAUGAGAACCUUCUUGACCGAGUUGAUCCAUACGUUGCACGAUGUGUGUUUGAGAAGCGAAUUGAUGGCCUCUACCGCCACAAGUAAUCAUUCAUCAGAUACAACCAAACACCUGUCAGGUGCUGUCAUGCCAGAAUCAUUCUCUGCACCAUCUUCUCCAAAGCAAGCUUCUCAUGAGGAUCAAAAGAAGUUUUUAAAUUUAAGUGUCAAUGAAAGCACCUCUUCAAACAUGGCCUUGUUUACAAGCGAGAGUGAAAGCUUGUCAGAAAAUAUCCCUCAUCCUCAAAUUCCCUCAGAAGAUAAGAAGAAAUCUCGAUUUGGAUUUUUGUCACGAAAGAAAAAGUCUUCAACCAAUAGUUCGACCAAUCGAAUGUCUGUCGAUCUCUCCAAAUCUCCCAUGUCAGUUCAUGAACAACCACCUCCUUUAAAAAGCCAAAAUUCUUUGGUGAAAAUGCAAAUGAAUUCAGACAUGAAUGCCAUGAAGAGACGUUCAGUUGCAGUAGUUCCAGCUACUGGUUUGAUGCAAACACAUAAUUUGGAACAAAUGUUGACUGGAAAUACACAUCAAGAUGAAAUUCGAAUCAAGUGGAGAAAAAUUAAGGAAAAAAUGAUGACCAGUAUUGAUGAUAUUAUUCAAAAAACAGAUCUCGAUGGAGAUGGCAAUAUUAAUUAUCAAGAAUUUUUAGAGUUUAUGAAGCACUAUGAUGCAAGUGAAAUGUUGUCAGAUAUUGAACCUUCCCAAGUUACUCAACUCUUGUCACAACCAUUUAAUCUUGCCGAUGAAGAUGUAUCGACCGAUACUUCUGCAGCUUCAGAACAUGGUCAUGAGAAUGAAACUAAACGAAAAUCUCAAUUACUUCAAGUUCUUUCUCAUUCAAGUUCUCUUGAUUUUUCAGAAUCAAGCAAAGCCAAAAAGAAAGAAUAUUCACAAGGAGAUUUGUUCAAUGUUGCCGUUUUUGGAAGUAUGAAAGAAACUCUCGAAUUAUUGGAAAGCAAUUCUUCAAAUAUUGACAAGAAAGAAUUGAACUCUUGCUUGAGAAAAGCCAUUGUCGACAAUAAUUGCUCCAAAGCUCGAUUACUCCUUAAAUAUGGAGCUCAUGUGUGUCACUCAUAUUCAGACAUUGCUGCUACAGAAGAAAUGCAUGAAAAUUUGGACUUGUUGACCUCUAGUUUAUUGACUUCACUUCGAUCCUACUCUCCCUGUAUGGAUGGUUCAGAAUUAGAAAACUUUACAAUAAUUUUACGAUUAUUAAUCUCUAAAGGAUGGUUCUGCUCAGAACCAAAGGAUGAAAAUGGAAAGGAAUAUCCUCCUCUUUCUUCGAAUAUUAUUUAUGAAGCCAUUCUUUCAUAUAAUGAUAGCAUGAACAUGUACGAAGAUGAAUUACGAGAGGCACUUUCCGAAACUCGAUCCUUUGAAGAAUUAGAGCAAGAAUAUUCCUACAAAUUUGAAGAAUAA